AUAUUAAUUUCUCACUCCCCACUAGUGUGUCCUUCCGUCCCCAAUUUAGAAGCACCCGCUCUUUCCACCUUCAAUUCCAUAUUUCUAUCCCACCCUACCACACCCAACUCCCCAAUUCAAAGCCCUAACCGAACCCAAAUUUUAAACCCUAAACAUUCCCAAUUUUAUUUCUUCUUCUUCUUCUCUUAUUUUUUUAAAAAUCUCUGGCUAAUAAUCGCGCUUCAUUCCAUGGCGGGAGCUCCUCCGACGGACCAGGCUCUCUCUCUCCUCGCCGCCGCCAACAACCACGGCGAUUUGGCGGUGAAGAUGUCUUCUCUAAAGCAAGCCAAAGAUAUUCUAUUAUCCAUAGAACCGUCUUUGGCCGCCGAGCUUUUUCCUUACUUGGUCGAGCUCCAGUCCUCCCCCGAAUCCCUCGUCCGCAAAUCGCUCUUAGACGCGAUUGAAGAGAUUGGGUUGAAAGCAAUGGAGCAUUCUUCUGUGUUUAUGCCUGUUUUAUUGGCACUUUUAAAAGACGUUGAGCCGACUGUUGCAAGACAAUCCAUAGUUAUUGGCACAAAAUUCUUUUGUAGUGUUCUGGAGGAGUUGGCAUUGCAGUUUCACCGGCGUGGUAAAAUUGAGAGGUGGCUUGAAGAGCUUUGGAUGUGGAUUGCUAAGUUCAAGGAUGCUGUCUUUGCCAUUGCGUUGGAGCCCGGUUCUGUUGAGACAAGGUUGCUGGCUUUGAAAUUUUUGGAAACAUAUGUUUUACUUUUUACAUCUGACACCGAUGAUUUUGAAAACCCUGUCACAGAAGCUAGCAGACAGGCUUUUAAUAUAUCAUGGCUGGUUGGUGGUCACCCUGUUCUGGACCCAGUUGGACUUGUGUCAGAAGCAAACAGAACUCUUGAUGUUCUCUUAAAUCUGUUGCGGUCUGCUAAUAGCCUCCCUGGUUCAUUGACAAUAACUGUUGUCAACUGUCUUACAGCCAUAGCAAGGAAGAGGCCUCUCCACUAUAGUACUGUUCUUUCUGCUCUGCUUGAUUUUGAUCCAGACUUUGAGACGGUCAAAGGAUGUCAUGUUGCUAGUGUCCAGUAUUCAUUAAGAACUGCACUUUUGGGAUUCCUAAGGUGUACACAUCCAGCCAUCAUAGAGUCAAGGGAAAGAUUGCUUAGGGCUCUCCGUGCUAUGAAUGCUGGGGAUGCUGCUGAUCAGGUUAUCCGGCAGGUUGAUAAAAUGAUUAAAAACACUGAGCGUGCUUCACGUGAUGCUCGGUUAGGCAAGGAGGAUCAAUUAUCAAGCCAGCUGCCUGUAUCAGGUGAUUUGUUAAAAAGAAGGUUUAUGACUCUGGACAAUGAAGAGCCAGUUAAUGGUCAUGAGGUGGCUUCCAAGCGAAUCCGUUAUGGUCCUGACAGCCAGUCAGCUUUGGCAGUUCAAGUAAAUGAUUCUGGGCAGGAUUCUGUUCCUGUUAAUGGAGUAUCUCCUGUGUUGGAUGGUCAACUGACCCCUGUGGAACAAAUGAUUGCCAUGAUUGGUGCUUUGCUUGCAGAAGGAGAAAGAGGUGCUGAAUCACUUGAAAUCCUUAUAUCAAAAAUCCAUCCGGAUCUGUUGGCUGAUAUUGUCAUAACAAAUAUGAAGCACUUGCCUAAGACGACUCCACCGUUAACCAGGCUUGGGAACUUGUCAGCAACUCGACAAGUGGGUUCUCUAAGUAGCCCAACCCAGGUUGUUUCAAUAUCUGCUUUAACAAGUUCUGUUGAAUCUCCAGAUGUCAGUGCACAAGCAGCUCUUUCUUCAACUACUGCAACUAAUUCAUCAUUGUCUGAUACACCUCCAGUCAAUACCCUCCCUGCUGAUUCUAAGCGUGAUCCUCGCAGGGAUCCCCGUCGCUUGGAUCCACGCCGUGUAACAGUCCCUGCUGGGGUACCUUCCAUACCUACUGCAGAGGACACUGGAGCUCUGCAAUCUGAGUUUGACGCUAAUAUUUAUUUGAGUAAACAUGUUUCACUUCCUGUUGUGAACACUCAUGAAAAUCCUUCCACGACUCUCAUUUCCAAGAUCAAAAGUGAAGAAAAGAUUUUGGAAAGUCCUUUGGUUUCUAGCACUGAUCAACUAACUCCCAAAGAGGACAUUCUGGAUAGAGCCGAGGAAAUUGACCUGAUCCCAGAGGUUGAUCCUUCUUCAGAUCCUGCACCUUCUCCUGUUGACAAAGUUGAUGAGGACUCGGUUGCAAUGAAGUUUUCAGAUGAUGUAGUGACAAAUGGGGUUGAUACACCAUCUUUUCUAGAAUCUGAUCAGCAUUCUCCAACUGUUUCAAAUGCAUCUGAAGAUAACUGUCAAGAUUUACCGCUGCUUCCAUCAUAUGUGGAGCUAACACAAGAACAGGAAAGAAGUUUGAGAAAAUUGGCAAUUGAACAAAUUAUUGAAUCAUACAAGCAUUCAUGUGGGACUGAUUGUAGUGAGAUUCGUAUGGCAUUACUUGCUCGAUUGGUUGCUCAGAUUGGUGCUGAUGAUGACAUUGUUAUGAUGCUGAAAAAACAUGUUGUUGUGGAAUACCAGAGACAAAAGGGGCAUGAGCUUAUAUUGAAUGUCUUGUAUCAUCUGCACACUCUCAUGAUUUUGGAUCCUGUGGAAAACUCUUCAGUUGCCGCUGUUGUGUACGAAAAGCUCCUCUUGGCAGUGGCCAAAUCUCUGCUGGACUCUUUUCCAGCUUCUGACAAGUCCUUUAGUAAACUUUUUGGUGAAGUCCCACUUUUGCCUGACUCAGCCUUGAAACUAUUAGAUGAACUCUGUUACGCUGAUGUUACUGAUCUCCGUGGAAAAGAUGUACGUGAUGUUGAGCGUGUUACUCAGGGCCUUGGGGCUGUCUGGAUUUUGAUUUUGGGGCGCCCACUUAAUCGGCAAUCCUGCUUAGAUAUAGCUUUGAAGUGUGCUGUCCAUUCACAAGAUGAGAUUCGAGCCAGAGCAAUCCGGCUGGUGGCAAACAAACUCUAUCAGCUUAGCUACAUAUCAGACAGUAUAGAGCAAUUUGCAAGAAAUAUGUUGCUGGCUGCUGUAGAUCAGCAUGUUUCAGAUAUAGAACUUUCACAGUCUGGGUUCUCCAAGCAAAGAGUCGAAGGGGAGGUUGAAAGCCAGGAAACAUCCACUAGUGGUUCUCAGGUUUCAGAGCCUGGAACUUCUGAGAAUGACUCUGUAAGGAGUGCACAACCAUUAGUGAGGAACACUUCUAUGUCAUUGCAUGAAGCUCAACGACUCAUUUCAUUGUUUUUUGCUUUAUGUACAAAGAAACCCAAUCUUCUUCAACUUGUGUUUAAUAAUUACUGUCAAGCCCCAAAAUCUGUAAAGCAGGCUUUCCAUCGCCAUAUCCCUAUUCUUAUAAGGUCCCUAGGAUCAUCUUGUUCUGAAUUGCUCCAUAUAAUAUCAGAUCCACCUCAAGGGAGUGAAAACCUGUUGACACUGGUGUUGGAAAUAUUGACUCAAGAGACGACGCCUUCUUCUGAUCUGAUAGCCACUGUUAAACAUUUAUAUGAAACUAAAUUAAAGGAUGUCACAAUUCUUAUUCCAAUGUUGUCUUCACUUUCCAAAAAUGAGGUUUUACCUAUUUUCCCUCGGCUUGUUGAACUUCCAUUAGAAAAGUUCCAGACGGCACUUGCUCACAUACUGCAGGGUUCAGCUCAUAUGGGUCCAGCUUUAACACCUGUGGAAGUGUUGGUUGCCAUCCAUCACAUUGUUCCUGAGAAAGAUGGCCUUGCACUUAAAAAGAUUACAGAUGUUUGCUCAGCCUGUUUUGAGCAACGAACAGUUUUCACACAGCAGGUCUUGGCAAAGGCAUUGAACCAUAUGGUUGAUCAAACUCCUCUACCUCUUCUUUUCAUGAGAACUGUGAUUCAGGCAAUUGAUGCUUUUCCUACACUGGUUGAUUUUGUUAUGGAGAUUCUUUCCAAACUUGUGACUAGACAGGUGUGGAGAAUGCCAAAACUGUGGGUUGGCUUUCUGAAAUGUGUGUCUCAGACACAGCCACAUUCUUUUGAUGUAUUGUUACAGUUACCACCACCACAACUUGAAAGCGCUCUGAGCAAAUAUUCUAACCUUAGAGGUCCACUUACUGCUCAUGCAAGCCAGCCAAGUAUUAGAAGUUCAGUUCCUAGAUCAAUGUUAGCGGUUCUUGGUAUUGCAAAUGAAACCCAUAUGCAACAACCUUAUCUCCCAUCAUCUUUGCACUCUGCUGACUCAAGUUCUUCAGUUCGAGGAGCAACAUCAACGUGAUUAGUAGAGAGCUUGGAGUUUAACAAUUGACCAGCUGUUUAUAGAGCAGUUGGGACGUAAGUCCCAAUCCCGUGGUUGGUUCCAGUUGUCGGGAACAAAUUUAUUGAUCAUAGAGCAGCUGAUGGGGCUUGGAUAUAUGACUGUUGAACCGUGGAACCUUGAUGGAUAUAUAUAUAUCAGUCCUGUGAUCUGGGAUUUUGCAAUUCUGUCAAGGAGCUGCCAAUCCAAAAGAAUCCUCCUUGCUAAAGCUGCUCUAAGGAAUGUACUAUAGUUGUAAAUUUUUAAUAUAUGUAUUUUUAUAUUUUUAUUUCCAUUUUCUUGUGUAGUUUCAUUAUUUCCAUUUUUUUUUUUUAACUUUCUGCCUGGUUUGGGGUAGGUUAAGUAGUCAUGUCACUUUGAAUAGAUAUAGUUGAAGCCGGCCCCCUUUUGUAACAUAGGUUGUAAUUUUUGACAAUUAUCUCUCAAUUCUUUGUCUACAAUCUUCCAUUUUAUUUUUUCUAAUGCCAAAUAUGGGGAAGGUUUUAAAUCGA